AUGGCUAAUAUCUAGUAAAAUGAAUUUGAGAGAUGCACUCAAAAGAAGAGAAAUCUGAGACCAUUUCAUAUUGAAUGCGGAAUUACGAAAAAGAGAUUAUGCUACUGCCCUAAUUCUGGCGCAGUUUCUGUAUCUAAUAAAGUUCAGAUGCAAAUGCAAUAGCUAGUGGCUGGUAAUCUCCAAGAAUACUAUGAUGGCUACUAGCCAGAUUUUGAGUCAAAAAUGAUUUAAAAGCUAAGAUUGGAAAAAGAGAGACUGAUGAAUGUAUAGAAGGGAGAUUUCGCGGACACCUUCGAAAAGUUUUUAGACUACUUAGAUGAGGAAGAUAUGAAGGAUUUUGAUUCUCAUAUGAAGAAUCCAGGAUCUGAGAAUAAAAAGGUAGCUAGAUAUAUUGCCACUUCUAUGAAUCAGACAAGUAGACCUAAAACUCAAGUUUAAACAAAGACUAGUUCAAAGUAAGCAGCAACUUAGGCUGUAUAGAGUAAUGGAGCUAAUAAAAGUAAAGACGCAAGCAAGAAGUAGAGCAUAUCAAAGUCUGGAAAAGAUCAAGAUGGCUAAAGAGCAGGUGGAGAUGAUGUUAAAUACUCAGAAGCAUGCUCAGUAUGCGAGAAAAAAGUCAUUCCAAGCGAAGAAGCCAAGAGUUUAAAAUGCUUUAGAUGUUUCAAGAUAUAUCACAGUGCUUGUCAUUAGCCCCCUCUAAACACGGAUCUAGUAAAAAGGUUUUAAUGGGAAUGCUCUGAUUGCAAAACUUGCAAGAACUGUAACUAAAACAACGAUGAAGACAAAAUAAUAAUUUGUGACAUGUGUGACAAGGCAGUUCACAUCCAUUGUUUGAAUCCUCCUCUAUCUCAAAUUCCUAGCCAGAACUGGUUCUGUAAGGAUUGUAUCAACUGUGUCUCCUGUGACAAAGAUCUAGGUAACAUUGCUUAGAAAAACCAAGGCCUGUGGUACAACUCAAUAUUUAGAAUAUGUAAAGACUGUAAUUAUCAACUGCAGCAAGGCAACUUUUGUAAGAUAUGCUAGAAAGCAUACUCAUAAGACUCUAACGAGGACUUCAUCCAAUGUGAUGAGUGCCAGGACUGGAUUCACGCAGCUUGCGAUGGCUUUGAUUCAGACAAACUAGCUAAGAUGAACGAAGAUGAGAAGUAUGUUUGCCCCAUCUGCAAAAAGAAAAAAGAAGCCAGAUUGCAUCAUGCAAACCAAGGUCAGACCAGGAAGAAGUGA